AUGGAAAAUCCGCCCAUCGAAAAAUCAAAGUUGGGCUGGCUGAGGGUGCUCGAACACGUGAUGGUCGUGGUGGUGACGCCCGAGCCGCCCGCGAACUCCGCCGACAGCACACUCCAGGUACCAUCGACGGUCAAGAUGUCCACCCCAAAGACCCAAAACAGGGAGUUGUUGGCCAAGCACCUCACCAGCUCGGGGGUAGGCGGGUAUGCGGCCGUCAUCGCACCAGUGGUCUCGACGACAGCGGACGUGCCCGGGUUGAAGUGGGCGCCGUCGGGGAGAAGGUUGGUGCCGCAGGGCAGAUGCGAUGGGGCGGCGGACGACGAAGCGGAAGCCGAGGACGAAAUGGAGGACGAAAUGGAGGAUGUCAGCGACGAAACCGACGAGGACAAUGACGACAAUGAUGACGAGGACAACGAGGACACCGAAGAAGGCGCCGACGAAGACACCGACGAGGACACUGACGAGGAUGCUGACGAGGACGGCGUAGAAGACGACACGGACACGCGGGACGGCCUGCAACGCGCCGCUGUGGCGGCACCUGCGCCGAGGAGGCUGCUCAAGCCGACAAUAAAGGAGAACCGCAUGGUAUAA